AUGCCUUCUACAGUCACCACCCUGCUCUGCCUUGAGACUCUCUCCAAACCCAUCAUCUGGGCCAAACCCAGUUUCAUGGUUCCAAAGGGAAACUCGGUGACCAUCUGGUGCCAGGGAACGCAUGAGGCUGUUGAGUACCGACUGCAUUUUAGAGGAAGCCUUUCUGCCUUUGAGAAACCGAAACCACCCAGACCGAUGAACAAAGUCCAGUUCCGCAUUCCAGCCAUGACCUUGCGCACUGCAGGGCAGUACUGCUGCUUCUAUCAGAGUGGGGAGCUCUGGUCAGAGUCCAGUGACCUCCUGGAUCUGGUGGUAACAGGGACAGCAACAAGCCUGUUCUUUCUGCUCAAAGAGGGAAGAGCCAGCCACAUAGAACACAGACAUGGGAACACCCAGGCGGAGUUCUCCGUGGGCCCUGUGACCACAGCCCACCAAGGGACAUACAAAUGUUUCAGUUCUUAUAAUAACUACGUGUGGUCCCUUCCCAGUGAGCCCGUGGAGCUUCUGGUCACAGGAGAUGUUGGGAACACCACCCUUGCACCUACAGACCCCACCACUUCUGCAGACUCUUGGGAACCCUACCUUUUAACCCCAAAGACAGGAUUCCGGGGAGGCUAUGCCUUCUGGGAUCAUACCACUCAAAAUCUCCUUCGGAUUGGCCUGUCCUUCCUGGUCCUGGUGGCUCUAGUGUGUUUCCUGGGAGAAGACUGGCUCAGCAGGAAGAGGACCCGGGAGGGAGCCAACAGCUUCACAUCAGAAGUGCAGGGGAAGGCUGAGAACACAACCUUGAAGAACGACCCAAGAGCCUCAGUGGCCACAGGAUGCCAUUCAAAAUAAUUAACAACCAAUAUAGAACAGGCAGGUACCAACUGGUUCAGGAGGCAUCGUGGCAACAACAGACAAUGGGGAAGCAGGCUGUUCACGGACAGUGCAGCUACAUACGUGUGUCCUGACUGGAUCUAACCAUGCCCACCUCCCUCUGUCCCAUGGCACCACGGGAUUCAGUCUUCUUUAUCUGUACCUUGCCUUGUUCUUCAGGUCUCUGAACAGAUAAUCCCCUCCUCCCAGAAAUUUCCCCAAAUCCUCCAACCUGACAAAGAUGCCACUUGUAUACACUCAAUGCACCUGUUAUUUCUCUGUAACACACUUGAACCCUGAUUACUGCAUACAUAUGCAUGUUCCUGUCUCUACUGUGAAUUCGUGUGAAUUAAAUCAAUGUCAUGUUUAGUGGCUAAGUUCACAGUUGCCGCUACUAAAAGAAUUCUCAGGAAAUAUAUGUUGAAUAAAUUAAUAUAAAGGGGGCUGGUGCACAGCUUGGAACUUGAGACUUCGGACUAAGGGUGUUGAAAUGCUGUCUGGGCACCACCAGACCUUUCCCCCUUGCGCACGGCUACUUACUGACCCAUUGACACACUCAUUAAAUGGGUCCCCACCCCUCCCAUUAUUCUGACAUCUUGUGUAAGUCACAUUCAUUCUCUAUUUCUUUUUUUUUUUUUUUUUCCUAGACAGAGUCUCACUCUGUUCC